UCCUUUACCGGAAAGGUCUGUGUUUACAGCACAGCCUUCGCUCCACGUUAGCAUCGUAGAUUUGACGACCGGUACACAGGAAUAUAUUUGUGUUUUUAACAAUUAAUAUCAUUUUAACGUUUUGUUUGAAAGUACAUUCGGUUAACCGCGUGACACACAGCUGUUAGCAUGGUCGAUUGGAUGCGUAGCGACGCGGCAAUGACUUGGUGGCUAACGUAGCGCUGAGGUUAGCCAGACAGGCAACUAAAGCCAACGGCAGCUAACUUGUCAUCACGACAGCGGCGACACAUCCAAUCCAAACACACAGCCGUCCCCUGCACACUGCCCUGCAGGUCCAGGGCAAGUGCGGACAUGGGUGCGGAGAGCAGCGCUGUGCGAAGCUGCACCCUGGAGGAGCCGCUCCUCACCCUGCCCUCUGGACUCACCAUGUACACGGCGGUGCUCCAGGAUGGAAAGCGCGCAUCUGUGUUUGUCCAUAAGCGGGGCAAUGAAGAUAAGGUCAACAAAGCUGCCAAGCACCUGAAGACUUUGAGGCAUCCCUGUUUGCUGCGCUUCCUGUCCUGCUCAGUGCAGGAUGGUGGCAUCCACCUGGUGACUGAGCGUGUGCAGCCCCUGGAGCUGCUGCUGGACAGCCUCUCCCCCGAGGAAAUCUGCGCAGGCGUCUAUGACCUCCUACAGGCUCUUGUCUUUCUGCAUGAACGGGGGAAAUCAAGCCAUAACAAUGUUGGCAUUUCUUCUGUGUAUGUCAGUGAAGACGGUCAUUGGAAACUGGGAGGGAUGGAGACUGUCUGCAAGUUCUCCGAAGCAACUCCUGAGUUUCUCACAAGCAUACAGAAUGUGAGAGAGGCCAGCUCUAUUCCACCAGAGGAGCAGGUUGAGGGCUAUAAAAUUCUUACGGAUAAACACGCUCAUGCUCGAGACUGUUUCUCUUUUGGAAUGAUGGUAGAGACCCUUAUCCCUCUCCUGAAUGGCUAUGUGUCACACGAGUUAUCCGACAGUCUGAAGAAGACCCUGCAGGCAGGUCUGCUGAACUCUGACCCUUUGUCCCGACCACCACUCAGCUCCCUGCUGACUCAUGAUUUUUUCAGGAAUGACUAUCUAGAGGUGAUGAAUUUUCUCAAGAGCCUGACCCUGAAGACAGAAGAAGAAAAGAAUGAGUUCUUUAAGUUUCUUUUAGACCGGGUCCAAAGUCUGCCUGAAGAGCUGACAGCUGUACGUCUUGUCCCCAAACUGCUCAAUUCUCUGGUUUUUGCAGAACCCAUGGCUGUCAGAAGUUUCUUGCCUCAUCUGCUAAGGCCAAAGAUGGAGUCGAGUAGUGGUGGUAGCGGUGAGGAAUGCCUGCUCUCUCUGAGCCUUUACCGUAAGCACGUGAUUCCUCUGCUACUGAAGCUCUACAAAGUCAACGAGGAACAUGUGCGGGUUGCACUGCUAGGUCAUAUCCACAUCUACGCCGAGUUCUUCUCCCAUGAUGAGCUUAAAAGUCAGAUUCUGCCUCAGGUUUUGUUAGGAAUGAGAGACACCAAUGAUUCUCUGGUGGCCAUGACGCUACAGAGUCUGGCGGUGCUGGUGCCACUGCUUGGAGCUCAAGUGGUGGUUGGAGGAGAGAGAACCAAGGUCUUUAAACGCACCACGCCCAACUUCACCAGGUCAACAGAGGUCACCCCAGAAACGUCACCUGUCCAUGUAGUUGGAGGUUCCCACCCUCAGUUGGCCCAGCCUUCCAAAGUCUUGAAUUUAUUCUCCAGACCACUGGGGACUGAAGACAUUAUGCUGGGUAAUAUGGGCAGUUUAACAGAUAGGACAGAGAUUCCUCGAAGUUACCCCCUGAUGCCAAAAUCAGAUGUGAGUACACAAAUGUCUCUGCCUUUGAACGGCCUACAUCGGGACAGCAAGAUGGAGCCAUUGUCAUUCAGCCCAAAGCAGCCACACAGAAAAGGCCCAGUGGAAGACUGGCCUGACUGGAGUGACACUGAAGAGAACCAGCACAGAAAUGGACAAUCAGUCCAGAUCCACAUUCAGGCCUCAGAGGGAGCAGAAGCAGUCAGCAGCAGACAACCACUUUCACAACAGAACAUUAACGAGGAGCCAUGGGAAGACUUUGAGGACACUGAACCUUCCUCGGAUCUUUCACCUACUGCUCCUAUAACAGACCCGGUAAUAAUCACACCGCCCACAGGGGGCACUGCUUCAGAAUCAUUGCGUGUGGGAUCAUCCAACCCUCUCAAACUAACAUCGGCACUGCAACAAUCCACUCAGAGCAAGAUCACCUCUUCAUGGGACAGUAGCUGGGCUCAACAAGACAGCCAAUCUGAAAAAUCACCCAAACCUACAGUGGCAAAAAAUAACGGUGGAAUAGGGGGUUUGGGGGAGGAGUUCACCAUAAAGGUGAAGAAAAAGGAGGAGCGCGACCCAGAGCUGGAUUUGUUCGCUGACAUGGUGCCAGAUAUCAAGCUGUCUUCUUCAGCUCUGCUGUCUGUGAAAGAAAGCAGCAUGAGUGACACCACCAAAACUCUGCAGGUCGACUCAUUUGGCAAUACCAUAAUGCUCACUGCCAAAUUUGCAGCAACAAACCUGACAGAGAUGGAAACAGAUGGCUGGGGAGAUGAAGAUGAUCUGAACUGGGAGGACGAGAACAACUGGUGAUGAAACUGCUCUGCAGCCACUUCACAGCCAGCUGGAAGUUGCUCCAGUUCUCAUUUAACAUGAUGCAGUAAGAGGAAUGUGCUGGGACAUUCUAUAACCUUUUACUGGUUGGGACAUUUAAUAGCAGUUAGUUUGUAACUCUCUUUUGAACAGGAAGGAUUGGCUGCUCAUCAUAUUGUUAGACUUGGAUAAAUGAAGCCACUCUUUAUUUUUUGCCAUUUUAUACAAGUCACCCUGAUAUAAAUUAGGAUCUUAAUCAGAGGUGAAUGUCUUUUAUUUUAUUUUUUUUUUUUAAAUGUGCCAAAUUUACUAGCGGCAUCAAGAUCAAGACACCCUUUUUGGCAAGUUAGAAUUUGUCCGAAACGUGUCAGGUUUGAUUUACAGAAAGCUUGCACUUUGAAUGAAUGUAUAAUAUGAAGUACAUAAUUUAUUAGUAGGUCUUUGGUUGCUGGUGAAAUAAAGAUUUUACUGUUUCAGAAA